AAUGACAGCGCGGGGGGGCGUGGCUAACUGGAAAAUGGGUGGAAAAUUAAACAGCGCCACUCAGUCGUGCGUUGUAGCCAAACAGAGAGAGAGAGUGAGAGAGAGAGAGAGAGAGAGAGACGCCGAGAAAGGAAAGCAAACACAGCCACUCAUCACCGGAUCAACUCUCUGCGCUUUCAGGAUUAUUUGCAAAUUGACGUACCAUUGAAAAGAAUAUAUAUAUAUAUAUAAAACAGAAAUGCAUGUAGAGCGUGCGAGGAGCUCCUGCACGCCUCCUCCUCCACUCCGCUCUUCUUCCUCUGUCCACUUCUCCGCCUUCACUACUACUUUACUGAUGUUGCCCGUCUGAUCUCUGCACGUUGCUGCUGGACAUGGGCUCCAAGCUGAGCAGGCAGAGCAGUCUGGAUGGAGAAGCGGCGUUCUUCAGAAGACCUCGCCAGCAUGGAGGGUGUGGAGACGAACAGAGGAGCGAGGUUGGAGGAGCUGGAGACGCAGGAGCUGGAACUGGAGCUGGAGGAGAGUUUUUGCUCACUUCCUUCAUGCUCAGGUCAGAGAAGCUGCCCAGUGUCCUGCGCAGGUCCAGCAGGUCCAGCCCUAGCCCGUACCAGAGGAGGGUCGCCUGGGUCCGGCAGAUCCAGAAGCUGCUGAAGGAGCAGAAAGUGGAGGAGGCUGCAGACGUGCUGAAACUACUUAGGAAGGAUCUGGGUCUGGAAGGUUCUUCUCUGAAUGAUAUCCUCUAUAAAAACACCGCCUUCCUCAACCUGGUGGAUCCAAUUUCGCAUGAGCUGCUGCUGAGUCUGGCGCGAGACAUGCAGUGUCCAAAGAGGGAGGCAAACGCCCUCAAAUCUUCAGAUAAAAUCUGCCGGCAGUUGGUGUACCACCUGACCCCCCACUCCAAAUGGGCCAGACAGAGCGUCCCCAAGAGGAAAUCCCACGCAUGUCUGAAAACCACCCUAAGGAAGAAGUUUGCAGGCGAUACAGUGGACCUCUCUGGCAUCCCUCUGUCCAGCCGGGACCUCCAGCGUGUAAUUUUUUACCUUCACAGCUACAGCUCCUCCGUGGUGGCGGUGGAUCUGAGCUUCACUGAGCUGCAGGAUGACGGCCUGCGCCUGCUUCUGCCCUCACUCAGCCUGAUGCCCAAGCUCUCCACACUCGCUGUCAACGGUAACCGGCUGACCGCCUCUGUCGUGAAGGACCUGACCGAGGCGCUGAAGGACCCAAAGAAGUUCUCCAAUCUGGCCUGGGUCGACUUGGGCAACAACGUGGACAUCUUCACCAUUCCUCAGCCACUGCUGGUGGCUCUGCGGAGGCGCUUCGGCAUGAGGAGCAGCCUGCCCACCAUCUACGAGUACCGAGAGACAAAAGACAGCCACUACAACCUGGAGGCGUCUACUGAGGAAGAGGAGGAGGAACUGGAGCCCUUGAACAUGGAGGAGAACACCAAGAACAUCAUGCUGCACUUCACCGAGAGGUGAUGAGACCUGGGUUCUGUAUGGGUUGUAGUUUCAUUGGCUCCUGGGAAACGAUUCAGGGUGAUCAGAACCAGAUUCUCCCCCCGAGCUGCAUCUCCUGUCAAUCACAGCAAACUCUGGAGCCCUGGAACAUAGAGGAAAAAAGCAGGAAUAUCAUGCUGAACAUCUCUGAGAGGUGAUAGGAGUUUGGUUCUUCAUGGUCUUCUUGGGUAUUCCAAGGUUCUCCAUGGGUCUCCCACUAGGGAUCCCCAGAGUUCUCCAGGAUUCUCAAAGGUUCCUUGGCAUUCUCCAGGAUUCUCCAUGGGCUUCCCUGUGUGGAUCACAGAGUUCUCCAAGAUUCUCAAAGGUUCUUUGACAUUCUCAUGGUUUUCCAGGACUCUCCAUUUGGAUCACCAAAGUUCUCCGGGGUUCCCAAAGCUUACAUGGGGUUUGACAGGAUUUUCCAGGAUUCUUCAGAGUUAUCCAGAAUUCUUAGUGGUUGCUCAGGGUGAUCUAUGGUUUUCCAGUCACCUGUCACCUUUGAGUUCUCCAGAAUUCUCAGUGGUUUCCAUGGGUUUUCUUCUGCCAGUGUUCUUGUUCUCCCCUGCCUCGGCAUGUGCUACCAACGGAGCAGAAGGUCAGAACAGAGGAGAGCGGAAUAGCGAGAGCGUAGGUGGCCAAGCAAUCAGAGUUCAUGCGGAUCUGUAAGACCUCCAAACACAGACAGACCACAAACAGAGAUGAACACACAGUACUGAGAGUGUUUAUGUACACGCAGCACUGUAAUUAGCGGUUAGCACGUAUGGAUGUUUUGGUUUUUGUUGUGCAUCAAACAUGCCAAUGGUCAGUGGGUGGUCACAAACUGCUCACAGUUCUUUCCUCCCACGACCUGAACAGCUGAACUUCAAUUACAGGAGCCGACCGUCUGCGUGUGCUGCCUCCGCUCAUUAGCGCAGACCCAUUGCAGACAACCGGGAGACUCAACAGCACCGACCAAUCAGAUUAAUGCUUUAUUAAAUCAGCCUGCUGGGUUCAGAGGAAUGAACGACGCAGUCCUGCAUGAACUCUCAGACAAUUUUUUUAUUGAGAAAUUUUGUUUCAUAUGCUUGCUUUGAUUAUUAAUUUGAUAAUUAACUGUGCUUUUGGUGUUUUUCAAAGAUUUUUAAUAGUCAGUGCAGUGCACUUUAUAUGUUUAAUUUCUGUCAAAACAACCAUUAAGUACAAGAUAUUCACUUCACUUUCACUUAGUGAAAAAGCAGAAAAAGUAGUGUUAACAGAAAAUUACUCAACAACUAAAUUUCGUAUUGUGUCACUCAAAUUUUUAUUGCAACUUUCAAUUUUUUUCAGAAGACUCACUUUCAGUUUCUUAAAGAAAUCUGCUGACACACCUUCAAAGUUCAUUCUUAGAAGUUGCUUUAGCAUUUACUCACAUUUAGUGAUGUUGAGGUCUGGGCUCUGGGGUUAUCAGACCAUUGUUUAGAGAACACCAGCAGCUUCAUCUUGUUUGUCUAUUAGUGUUAACUUACCAGUGUUUGCUUUGUUCAGUCUUUACUUUUAUGCACCCCAACAACCACCUAAAAGACCUGGUAGAUCUGGUAGACCACAACUGCCCCCAUCAGAUGAACAGCACUUAAAGCUUUCGUCUUUGAGAAAGAAGAGAAAAUCAAGCUGCUUUAGAUCUGGAAACAUCCACAGAUCAGGAAACAUCCACCCUGGAUUAUGGGGAUGCCCAGGUGGUUUAGUCCACAUUAGUUAUGUGGUAUAAAAGGAGAGGAAGGCUGACCAGAGAUGGACGACUAUGUCGUGUUGACCAAACGGCAACAAGCUCGAAGGACUGUUAUGGAUUGAGGUCGAGAGAACCUCAAGGUCUAAAUGGUGGUAGCUACCUUGCCACUUUAAAAUUCGUCCAUCUCCAAGCCAAAGUGAGAUUGUCUGUUUAUGUUUUUUUUUUGUUUUCCAAGUUAUACAGUACGUACCAAUAAAAACAAAAAUGUUAUUUUUUGCUAUUUUACGAGGUACCUCCAGACUAUCCGGUCCAUGAUACCACAUCACAGGAUUACUUCAAAAAUGAUCAACCACCUUCUAAGACUGAACUGUGGAGGUGUGUCUGCAGAUUCUUUGGGAAACUGAAAGUGAUUCUCCUGAAAAUAAUGGAAGCUGAAAUAAAAGUACAGAGACACACUGAACACUCAAAUAGCUGCACUGAAAUAUCAGUGACGUGUACUUAACAGCUGUUUUGACUGGAAGUAAAAUACACUGCUCAAAAAAGGGAACACUCAAAUAACACAUCCUUGAUCUGAAUGAAUGAAAUAUUCUCAUUGAAUACUUUGUUC